AUGGGGGCGAAGAGCCCGAGCUUCGGGGCGAAGUUGCGACGCUGGUGCCGCAGUCGCAGAUGCCAGCUGUGGCGUUUACUGCUACUCCCCUUCAUACCGAUUCUGGCGCUGAUCGUCCAGACCACGCUGUCCCUGAAGAACAGCCUGACGAACGGCAGAGAAGUGGCAGACGUGGAAGAACAGGUCAGCAGAGCAACGGAGCUCGGUAAACUGGUGACCAGACUUCAGCAGGAAAGAUCAGAGGUUGCCUUCUUCAUCUUCACCAACGGCAGCACUUUGCGGUCGAACUUAACCCAGCGUUUCGCCGACACCGACAGCGCCGUGCAACAGAUGGGGGAACUGCCCACACUAGUUUUCAAGAACCGCUCCAAGCCAAUCGACGGCAGCGCUUUCUUAGCUGAACUGGCUUAUUUAAGAGCUAACAUCAACCCUGGAACGUCCAUGACGGAGGCGGUGGAAUGGUAUACCAACGCGAACGCAGCCCUGCUCAACCAUCUUACCAAGGAGAUAAAAGACACUGACAGCAGCACUAUAUGGAGGUACCUGGUGGGCUUUAAGAACUUACUGCGCAGUAUCGAGUGUAAGGGUAUAGCGUCUGUGCUCGGCAUCAACUACUUCGCUAGAGGUUAUUUGCAAUCGCGAUCGCACGAGAGAUACAUAGCGCACAUGGUGCUUGGGCGUGAUCUUCUUGACAACACUUUGAAUCUUGUCCCAUCGCUGAUUCCGCUUCACAUGGACAUCAAGGAGGACAGUCCUGAAUACCAAGUGCUUGAAAAGAAGAAUCAGCAAAUCGUAGACAAUAAACAUCAAGAGGGCAGUGUUAGCGACGCGAUAGAGUACUUCGAUCAAACAGCUACUCUGCUGGACAAGCUGAGGGCGGUGCAGAAGCAACUUCGUCAGUACAUCAGGGAAGGUGUGAAUGAGAGCCUCACUGAAGCGAGACGAAGUGAAGCGGUGUGUGCCGGAAUACUUGUGCUAGUGUGCGUGGUCUCGCCAAUAAUCAUCGCUUUAGUGCGCAACGCCGUGAACACGAUUCAGGUUUAUGCAAGAAACCUGUCAGAAAAAGCGCGAGAGUUAGAAUACGAGAAGGAACUCAGCGAUUCGCUUUUGUAUCAAAUGUUGCCGCCAAGUGUUGCUAAGCAGUUGAAACAAACUCAGCAGGUUCCCGCCGAAUUCUUUGCUUCGGUCACCGUUUACUUCAGCGACAUAGUGGGUUUUACUGCUAUAGCGGCUGUAUCAACUCCGUAUCAGGUGAUCAGUUUCCUUAAUUCAGUUUACAAGCUGUUCGACGAAAGAAUAGAGUGCUACGACGUGUACAAGAUUGAGACAAUUGGUGAUUCGUACAUGGUGGCAUCGGGGCUGCCGGUGCGAAAUGGUAAUAAACAUGCGACAGAAAUUGCGAGCAUGGCUUUGGAGCUUCUAGAAGCGACAUCUAUGUGCCGCCUCCCGCACCGGCCCGAUCAGAUGCUCUGUAUGCGCAGUGGAAUCCAUACUGGCCCAUGCGUCGCCGGCAUCGUUGGGAGCAAAAUGCCCAGAUACUGCCUUUUCGGGGAUACCAUUAACACCGCUAGCAGAAUGGAGAGUACGGGAGAACCGAUGAAGAUACAAAUCUCGGAAGAUGUUAAGAGAGCGUUGGACAAAUCUGGACGAUUCAUAAUGUCUCCCAGAGGGGUCGUGGACGUUAAAGGCAAAGGAGAAAUGAUGACAUACUGGUUAGAUGGGCGAACAGAUCCGUCACCCGUAAGGCCCACUAGCUCCUCCCUGGACUGUACGCCCAGUUUCCUAGCGAGGAUCCACUCCAAAGGCAGGGCUUCGCCGAGAUAUCAGCCGGAAUCGAUUAGAGCGCAGCAA